GAAAUCUAUGCGCUUCAUCUUCCUCGACGUCAUCCCCAUUUAUGUUUGUAGACGGGCUUACGGCGAGUCGACGUGCGAUCCGGAGGCGCGUUCUAGCUUGCGGGGUGAAGGGGUCAGGAGGUUGAUUCAGAGUAUUAGACGGGCAAACCGACCAGGACACCCCAAUAAUCGUCCUCCAAAUCAGGCGUCAUGCACCAGACAUCUCCGACGUACAUCCAGUCUGCGCUCUGCACAAUUCUCUUGGUCGCUCUAUCGAUGAUCACAGCACCAGCCACCGCCAUUCUUACAAUACUGGCUGGCACCUAUAGCUUUCUCAUCCACACACAUAUAUCUCCGACGCCCAUCAGGAGGACAGUUCUCAUCACAGGAGCCCGUAAUACGAAAUGCCUUUUUCUAGCUCGUGCAUUUCACCGCGAAGGGUGCCGCGUCGUCGUUGCUGAAGAGCCAGACUGGUUUCACCUCAACAUGACGCGCUUCUCCAGCUCCGUCGACAGCUACUACCGCCUUCCUGACCCUGGAGACUCCCCUGAAGCGUACAAGUCUGCCAUCUUGUGCAUCGUCGAUCGCGAGAAAGUGGAACUUUUCUUGCCGUGUUCCAGCCCGAGUUACACCAUCCUCGAUGCCGAAGUCGCUCUCGAUAUUGCCCGGAAUACAACGAAAGCCGCAUGCUCAUCAUUCAUUCCCCAUUCGACCCUCACAUCCAUCCUUCACUGGAAGCAUGACUUUAUCUCUCUCUGUUCGGAGUUGGGAAUGGUCGUCCCUGAGAGCGUACUCGUCUCAUCAGUACGUCAGGCGGCCGAGUUCCUCCAUUCCUCAACCCCGCAUCGCCGCAAUAAUCAGUACAUCACGAAAUGUCUCGCAUUCGAUGAUUUGGCGAGAACGGACAUGAUGCCUCUCCCACUCGCCACCAUCAAACAAACUGCAGACCAUCUUCACAAGCUUCCAUUGCCGAUCAGCGAGCGCCACACCUAUGUCGUUCAGCGCCUACUUUACGGCCCUGAGUACUGCACUCAUGCGGCCGUCAGAGAUGGGGAACUAGUCGCGUUUGUGACCUGUCGUAGUAGCGAUAUGCUCAUGCGAUACGUAGACGUGAAGUCCCAAUUUUCUGCGGGUUCAGAGCAGGAGAGGCGGAAAGAGUAUGCGGUCGGCGUACAGGCCGAGGAAUGGACCAAAACAUUCUUGCAGCGGUGGAAAGCCAAACUUCAGCAAGAGGCGGGAAACGGAGAAUCCUCGUUCACCACCGAGCUCACUGGCCAUUUCUGCAUGGAUUUCAUUUUGAAUGAAGCGGAUGGAAAGUUGUAUCCUAUCGAAUGCAACCCGCGUGCGCAUACGGCCGUCACGCUCUUCUCUUCCGUACGGGGCCUGGCUUCUCAUUACCUCGGUGCCACACCCGGUACCGCGCGUCCAUCACCGACGACUCCUCCCCAAUCGUGGAUCGCACAUAGUUUACCCCUCUCGCUUGCGUUGUUGCUGCCCACAAGUCUCGCCCGCAUCCUUCAUCCUUGCCUUUCAUCUACCUCUACCACAGCCCAAACACUCGAUCCGACGAUAUCACCGCAGCCCAAACAUUCUUCACCUCUCGAUGUCCUCUUGCAAUAUGCGCGGGGUGCGGAAGCAGACCCCGUUUGGGAUAUUCACGACCCUAUACCGUUCUUCGUGCUCGUCCAUCUCACAUGGCCCUGGGAGCUGUUGAAGGUCAUGGCGAGCGGGAAAGCGUGGAGCAGAAUCAAUGCGAGCACAAUGAGAGUUUGGGGAGCGAAAGCGGAGGAAACUGAAACGUCGGACUUGAAGUUGAAGUAGUCACUGGCAGCGUCGAAGCAGCCCACAGAAGAGAAUUGGUUAGGAAGAUUUAACGUUUGUGAUGAAGAUAUUUUGGAUGUGUAGCACGCCGUUGACAGUAAUGGAUUCC